AUGGCAGCUGCACCAUCAUCUGCCCGCAUUCCCAUCAUCUUACUCCUAGUGCUAGCACUCUCGGCCUACCCUGCUUCUCCUUCUUCUCUGAGUCCGGCUCCGGCCAACGGCAGCGACACGGACCUGGCCGCGCUGCUGGCUUUCAAAGCACAGCUUGCGGACCCUCUCGGCGUCCUCGCCCACAACUGGACCGGCACCUCUUUCUGCCACUGGGUCGGCAUCUCGUGCAGUCGACGUCGGCAGCGCGUCACGGCCAUAUCUAUGUCCAAAACAUCCCUCGGCGGAUCUUUGGUUCCUCAUCUCGGUAACCUCUCUUUUCUCUCCGAGCUUAUCGUUACCUAUGCUAACCUAACGGGUUCAAUCCCUCCCGAACUUGGUAGGCUAGGCCGGCUUAAAACUCUUAUUCUUGCAAGAAAUGGCCUGUCAAGUGCCAUUCCUGCUGCCCUAGGUAACCUCACGAGGCUUGAGUUCCUUAGUCUGACUUUCAACCAACUCACCGGGCAAAUCCCUCCGAAUCUUUUGAUCCAUAUGCGGAAACUUAAGACCAUUGCCCUAUAUAAAAAUGACUUGAGUGGUCAAAUUCCACCGUUCCUAUUUAACAACACGCCUUCCUUGCAGUAUAUUGACCUGGGAAGCAACAGCCUAUCAGGUUCCAUUCCAGACAACCAAACUUUCAGUCUCCCAAUGUUGCAAACUCUGUACCUCUCUGAUAACAAAUUUAGUGGCAGAAUUCCAUUAGGGCUUGCAUCAUGUCAGUACUUGGAAAGACUGAGUUUGGAUGGAAACUAUUUUCUGGAUGUUAUGCCAUUAUGGUUAGCUCGAUUGCAACACCUCAAAAUUCUUUUUAUGGGUGAAACUAACCUUGUUGGCUCGAUCCCAGGUGCUCUUAGCAAUCUGACUAGUCUUACAAUGUUAGACCUCUCCUACUGUAACCUCACAGGGGGCAUACCACCAGAGUUAGGACUAAUGCAAAAACUCUCCUAUCUGCAUCUUGGAGACAAUCAACUUACUGGUAAAAUUCAAGCUUCCCUCGGAAAUUUAACGGACCUGCUUUACCUAUAUUUAGAAGUAAAUAAAUUGUCCGGCGUGGUACCACCAACUCUUGGGAACAUUGCAGCUUUGGAGAGUCUUCAGCUACAAAAUAAUAAUUUAGAGGGAAACAUGGAAUUCCUGUCGGUUCUUUCCAAUUGCAGAAACCUCCAUCUCAUUAACGUAGGGGUCAAUUCUUUCACAGGUUCCCUCCCUGACACUAUGGGAAACCUCACUUCCCGAUUAGUCACCUUCACUGCAGAUAUUUCUGGGCUAUUACAAACAUAUCAAAUGGACAUUUCUUCAAAUUUCUUGAUAGGAAGCAUCCCGAAAUCUAUUGGACUACUUAAGAUGCUAAACUACCUAAAUCUAUCACACAACUCGCUAGGAGGCCCCAUGCCAGACCCACUUCAAAACUUAAUUAACUUAGCUUCAUUUGACCUCUCCUUCAACAACAUCUCUGGUUCCAUUCCUCUAUUCCUUGCAAACUUUACCGACUUGACUACUUUGAACCUCUCAUUCAAUAUGCUAGAAGGCCAAAUACCAGAAGGAGGUGUUUUCUCAAACCUCUUAUCGCAAUCUUUGAUCGGGAAUGCUGGGCUAUGUGGUAAUCCACGUCUAGGAUAUCCGCCCUGUGUUUACAAAUCUCAGUCAAGUAGUGGACACUUGCUAAGAAUUCUAAUCGCAGUUUCCGCUGUAACUUUUGGCGGUAUUGCUAUUUUCUUAUACCUAUUGAUCCGAAAGAAACUUAAGAACAAUAAAAGGAUCAAAAGUUCUAUUGAUCCAACCCAUGGCAUGAGCCAUCAAAUUGUCUCCUACCGUGAGCUCCUACGCGCCACAAAUAAUUUCAGUGAAGAUAACAUGCUGGGAUCCGGAAGCUUUGGAAAAGUCUUCAAAGGCCAAUUGUGUGGUUUGGUGGUCGCGAUAAAAGUUCUUGACAUGAAGCUGGAGCAGGCCAUGAGAAGCUUUGACACAGAGUGUCGUGUGCUUCGUAUGGCGCGGCACCGCAACUUGAUACGGAUACUCAACACAUGUUCCAAUCUAGACUUGAGAGCACUUGUGCUUCAGUACAUGCCAAAUGGCAGUCUAGAGAAGCUACUUCACCAUUCCCACAGUUUGCAAUUGGGGUUCCUUGAGAGGCUCGGCAUCAUGCUCGAUGUGUCGAUGGCAAUGGAGUAUCUACACCAUGAUCACUACGAGGUGAUUUUGCAUUGUGACUUGAAACCGAGCAAUGUGUUGUUUGAUGAGGACAUGACGGCGCGUGUGGCAGACUUCGGCAUCGCAAAGUUGCUUCUAGGUGAUGACAACUCCAUGAUUUGUGCGAGUAUGCCUGGAACAGUUGGAUACAUGGCACCAGAGUAUGGGUCUCUUGGAAAAGCAUCACGGAAGAGCGAUGUAUUCAGCUACGGGAUCAUGUUCCUUGAAGUGUUUACCGGAAGAAGGCCCACAGAUGCUAUGUUCGGGGAAGAACUAACCCUUAGGCAAUGGGUAUUCCGUGCGUUCCCCGCGGAGCUUGUCCAUGUCGUUGAUGACCAGCUACUUGGCUCGGCCUCUUCUUCUAGCCACAACCUAAACGAGGGGUUCAUGGCGCCGGUAAUCGAGCUGGGUUUGCUCUGCUGCAGCGACUCGCCUGACCAAAGAAUGGCGAUGAAGGACGUGGUCGUGAGGUUAAAAAGGAUAAAAACAGAGUACAACAAAAUGAUGGCAUCCAAAACAUCGCGUGGUGCAGCAUUACAGUGA